AUGGAUAUGAUCGGUUCUUUUGGUUCUUAUGAUGUAGUGAGUUUCUACAGGCGUUUUGUGGCGAUACUCUUGGGUUUUGACGACCUGCGUAUCUUGGUUGAGUUAGAGGGAUUCAGUCCUGAUGGUUUGAUUGUGAGGAUCUGUACCGGCAGGACUGACGACCAGGCACCCAAGCCCACUACCAUAGCUGCCAGAGGCCGGGUCGGGGUAGAGGAUGACCAUACGGUUGUACUACUUCCGAUAGCUCCCGCAACAUCUCAGGUCGGAGGAGGGGCACAGACUCCCGCAGCCCGCACUCCUGAGCAUAGGGUUCAGGUUGAUCAGGCCCUAGAGUAUAUUCCUAUGCCCCUAGUGGCUCCGGUUCAGCAUGAGACUAGGGUAGUUGCUUCUGAGGCAGAUCAGCUCAGACUUGAGAGUGAGUUAACUCGUCAUGCACCAGCUUUGUUUGCCACCGUCAAAGAGAGGGUUCGUCGCUUCAUCGAGGGACUCCACCCAAGUAUUCGGACCAGUAUGGCUAGGGAGUUGGAGAUGGACAUUUCUUAUCAGCGGACAGUGAGUAUUGCCAGGAGAGUGGAGGGAGCUCGUGCACCAGCAGCACGCUAUGGUAGGGGUUUUGUAAGUCGCCCUGUUUAUUCAGCUCUGCCAGCAGCCAGUGGUGUUCCAGCUCCUCCUAGACCUCAGGAGCCCUAUUAUGCACCGCCAGUAGCCAGUAUGCCUCCUGCUCGAGGUGCUAUUACCGGCCAGACCAGCAGGCCAGGUCCGAGUCAGUCUCAGCCACCGCGUCCUCCAAGGGAUUACUUUGAGUAUGGUGACACCCGUCACAUGGUUCCGGAUUGUCCCAAAGCCAGGAAGGGCGCACCUCCACAGACUUAUCAGCCUCCACGUGCUCCAUCGGGUCCUCCGGUCAUUCUCCCAGCCCUAGUUGCCGCUCCACCUCCUCAGGCAGCUCGAGGUACAGGUCGGGGAGGUCGAGGUCACCCUAGAGGGUGA